CAGCCCUCUCCUACAGAGCCUCAACCAGUGACAGCUACUACCAGCAGGCGAGCAGGGCUGCCUGGAGCCAGCCGCAGAGCUAGCUCCACAUCUGUGGCCGGUGAAACCUCCUGGCAACUACCAGCCACUAUCCACCAGGCUCUCCAGGAUAAGUGCUCUGGGAGAAAGUCAGGCCUCACCUGGUCCUCAUGUCAGACAAACCCAGCCCUGGGCCAGGCCCCACUUCGGCACCCGACCAUGAUUUUGGAGAGAUCCAUAACUGGACAGAACUGCUCCACCUUUUCAACCACACCUUUUCCGAUUGCCACAUGGAACUCAACGAGAAUGCCAAGCAAGUCGUCCUCUUCGUCCUCUACCUGGCCAUCUUUGUGGUGGGCUUAGUGGAGAACAUUCUGGUGAUCUGCGUCAACUGGCGCCGCUCGGGCCGGGCGGGGCUGCUGAACUUGUACAUCCUCAACAUUGCCAUCGCAGACCUGGGCAUCGUCCUAUCUCUGCCCGUCUGGAUGCUGGAGGUCAUGCUGGACUACACCUGGCUCUGGGGCAGCUUCUCCUGCCGCUUCACCCAUUACUUCUACCUUGCCAACAUGUACAGCAGCAUCUUUUUCCUCACGUGCCUCAGCAUUGACCGCUAUGUCAGUCUCACCCGAGCCUCUGCCUCCUGGCAGCGCCACCAGCACCGAAUACGGAGGGCCGUGUGCGCAGGCGUCUGGGUCCUCUCGGCCAUCAUCCCACUGCCUGAGGUGGUGCAUAUUCAGCUGAUGGAUGGCUCUGAGCCCAUGUGCCUCUUCCUAGCACCUUUCGAGACGUACAGCACAUGGGCCCUGGCAGUGGCCUUGUCUGCUACCACCCUGGGCUUCCUACUGCCCUUCCCUCUCAUCGCGGUUUUCAACAUCCUAACAGCCUGCCGCCUUCGGAAGCAGGGGAGGCCGGAGAGCAGGCGCCAGUGCCUGCUGAUGUGGGCUUACAUAGCCGUCUUUGUCGUCUGCUGGCUGCCCUACCAUGUGUCCAUGCUGCUGCUCACCCUGCAUGCCACCCACAUCUUCCUCCACUGCCACCUGGUUAACCUGCUCUACUUCUUCUACGAAAUCAUCGACUGCUUCUCCAUGCUGCACUGUGUCCUCAACCCCAUCCUGUACAACUUUCUCAGCCCGAGCUUCCGGGGCCGGCUGCUGAGCAUUGUGGUCCGCUACCUUCCCAAGGAGCAGGCCAGGGCAUCAUCCUCCACCCAGCACUCCAUCGUCAUUACUAAGGAGGUGGACCUGCCCGGGGCAGAUCUCCACCCCAACCCCAUCCGAAACUCUCAGGAGGCAUCUCCUCCGCCUCCGCACACCUCGGCUACACUCGGCAACUCCACAGGCAGCUAAGGUGGAUUCCAGACUCUUCCAGAUCUGGGGGAGGGGACAGGGGAGGAACUGGCUUGUUCAGGGUCAAUUUUAAAUAUAUCAAAACGUUGCCGUGGGGAG